GAAAUAAAAUGCAGUCUGUGUAUGAUUUUUUGUGGUUAAGCAUUUGUAUAUUAAAGGAAAAUUUGUAUUCUGCAGUGACUGAAAUAUUUUUAUUUUAUAUUAGCCCAUUAAUUAGCGCAGAAGCUGUAUGUUUUGUCAUAAUUGUCAGUACUCACCGGAUUUAUUUAUCUUACAGGAUUUGGAGAGUUUGCUUUCCGAGCAUUUUGGUGUGACGCCUGUUUCGACACCCUGGGGAUCGCAGGAGGAGGUUGAUGUAUCUACCCUGUGUUUAGACUCGGACGAAGAUGAUCCCGAGUUAGAUGUUGAUCAGCGGGUCCAAGACUACAUAGACACGCUUCCAGAUGACAUAACAGGGGCUUCUGUUACUAGUGACAGCGAGGGUGAAGCAGAAGUUGAUUGUGAGCUGCCCCAAAAUGACGAAGACGUGAACAGAAUUACCCUUUAUCAUAAGAAUGGUUGUGGGUGCAAGAAAAACUGCAUUAAACAGUUUACUAUUUCUGACAUUUUUGAUCACAUAUUGAAUAUUAGGGAAAUGGAAAAGCAAGAUAAAGAACUGUAUAUAAUGGCAACUGUAGUAAACAGCCCUCAGAAUGAAUUGGACAAAGCGCGGGAAGAAACGUCAGAAAGGUCACCAUGACUUUUCAUUAGUGGGGAAACCAGUGUGUAGGACUGUGUUUAUGUUGGUCUUUGAUAUCAAGCGGAGCGCUCUUCAAAAUAUCCUAACACAUGUUGAUCAGCAUGGUGUGGUUCAAAGAAUUCACGGCAACAAAGGGAAAAAACCUGUCAAAUCUUUAAAGUUUGAAGAUAUUAAACAUGCGGUGACAUAUGUUUCCCAAACUGCUGAAGACAUAGGUAUACCACAACCGGCUGCACCACGUGGAUCAGACAACAUACCACCAGUUUACUUACCAAGUGCUACUACAAAACUUGAUAUUCACAAGAAAUACGAAACAUCAUGCCCUGAAUCUGUACCAACAAAAAGGGCUGUUCAUUAUAAAACUUUCUGCAACAUCUGGAAGCAAUGUUUACCACACAUCAAAAUUGCAUCUCCACGCGACGACGUUUGUGCAACUUGUGAAAAAUUAAGGAAAGUUGUGAUGGAUUCCAGAACCGAGGAUGAAAAAUUGCAGGGCACCGCAAAUCUUAGAGAGCACAUUGUCAAUGCACAAAAAGAAAGAGAAGUCUACAACAAAUGCAUUGCAAAUGCUAAAGAUCUGUUUGAGACAGGGGACAGGCGACAUUGUCAUUUCACCUUUGAUUUCAGCCAGAAUUUAUCGCUACCACACCAUUCAAGACAGAUGGGGCCAACUUAUUUUAUGACAUUGCGCAAAGUGCAAUUGUUUGGUGUACGCAAUGACGGAACAUCAACACAAUACAACUUCCUUGUAGACGAGAAUGAGACUAUUGGCCCUGAUGGUACUCAAACUCACGGACCUAACGCUGUUAUCAGUAUGGUGGACUGGGUGAUAGAAAGGGACCAUGCGGAGGGACCAACAAUUUCACUACAUGCCGAUAAUUGCCCAGGACAGAAUAAAAACUACUAUAUGCUGGGAUAUUUAAUGUGGCGUGUUCUGUCUGGACGUCUGGACGUCAGGAGAAGAUUGAGUAUAUGA